GUCACUUCCCGCUGAGCUCUGCGUGCGAGUUUCGAGCAAAGAUGGCGGCUGCGCAGCUAACUGACGAGGAGCUGUUCUCAGAGUUAAAGCGCCUCGGUUUCAUCCCAGGUCCGGUGACCGAGAACACUCGGCCCGUGUACCUGAAGAAGCUUAAGAAACUCCGUGAGGACCAGCAACAGCGAGGAAGCAGGGCGAGCAAAGGGCGAAACAGUGGCACCACCACCACCAACAACAACAACAGCAGCGGCGGCGGCAGCGCGGCGGGAGCUUCGGGAUCCGGAGCCAGGCCGCCCGGCGGUGACGUCACGCACCUGGACGCCAGCAAGAGCCCUGGCGGACGCCCGGUCCUAGGCGAAAAGCGCCACGGCGCGCCCGGUAAGGUUGUCCUGGGCUUCAGCUCCGACGAAUCGGAUGUCGAGAUUAGCCAGAAGAAAAGAGGCCUGUACGGCAGCAGGAGGGAACGAGCGUCCGUACACCAGCAUCAGCAGCCGGGGCCUAACGUAACACCCGCUGCUCGCAGGAGUAAAGGGCUCGGCGCGGGCAGCAGCUCCCCUCUCGGGCUGCUGGAGGAAAGGCGGAGCACCAUGGGGUCCCCUUGGUGGGGAGACCGGGCGAAACUGCACCCGCCCGGCGCGGAAGGAAGGGGUUAUGCAGAGUCCAGCAACAGCGAUUACCGGAACGACGUGAACAGAGAGAGUCGUACCGUGAACGGCAGCAGAUCUCCGUUCACACCGAGCAGCGGCAAGUUUGCGGGGGGCUACUCCGAUUCAGAGGAGGAGGACGACGAGGAGGAAGAGGAGGAGGACGCCUCUGAGCUCGGGAGGUACCGCGAUCGACGACUGAGCUCCAGGCGGAGUCACCCGAAAUCGCCGCCGCCUUUCCCUGAGGGAGCCAGAGGGGCGGAGAGCGACCGGGAAAAGGCGAGAGGCGGCGUAAUUAGAGCAGAUGACAAGCCCGGCACGGCUGGUCUAGACAUAGGGGGAGACCAGGGGGAGGAGGAAGACGAGGCUAGGAGAAGGGGACAAGGGGGCAAGCUGGGGAGUGGAUUCUUGAGGAAUCGUGGCUUCCCGCUGCAUGCGGAUCUGGUCUCCGGCAUCAUGGGGGAGUUCGGCGGCGGCAGCAGCAGUGGUCCCACCUCCUACAACAACAACCACGUCAACUGCGGGUCGGACGACGGCGUCGGGGGCUUCGGUGCCGGGCUGCGAUCGCGGUACUCAGCGUACAGCAGCCUGCCGGCCACCUAUCGACUCAACCACUCCAACCACGCAGCCCCGAACCACUCUUACGGACAGGCGAGCCGCAAGCCCAAACUCCCGGUCCCGGAGGACGAGCUCCUGCAGCAGUUCAGGAGGGAGGAGGUGUCAGCCAGCGGCGGCUUCAGCGCGCAUUACCUGUCUAUGAUCCUGCUCACGGCCGCCUGCCUGUUCUUCGUACUGCUCGGCCUCAUGUACUUGAGGAUGCGGGGCUCCGGUGUCACCGAUGUUGACGCUGUCACAAAGAACCAUCCAUUUGGGAUUGAGUUUGACAAUUCUUAUGCUGACGAGCAGAAAGAUGUCAUUCUCAAAUUACUCCUUCAUCUGCACGACCAUCUGGCCAAGAUCGCCGGGGAGCACGACUGCGGAGACCACACGCAGCAUUUGAAUAGGAACAUCUCCUACACUGAGGCCUUUGAAUAUUUAAUGCUACACAGUCCCGAAUAUGAGGACUUCUGGGACACAGCUAUGGAGUGGCUGAUCAGAUCAGGAGAGGAUGUGGGAAUUCGGCUGAUUGGGAGCCACCCCGAGGAGUCUGUAACCAACGUCUCCCAGAUUAUGUGCCUGGAGUCCACCCACCCCCGGAUGUCCUUCAUCUGCCGCUUCCGCCGGGCCUUCUUCACUGUCAUCUACCGGCUCCUCCUCUUCAUCGCAGGUGUGGGUGUCAUGUGCGGCCUCCUCUAUUACAUGAAAUACCGCUGGAGGAAAGAGGAGGAGGAUACCAGGCAGAUGUACGACAUGGUGGAGAGGAUCAUAGACGUGCUGAGGAGCCACAGUGAGGCAUGUCUAGAGAACAAGGACCUGCAGCCGUACCUGCCCAUCCCCCAUGUGCGCGAUUCCCUGAUCCAGCCUCAGGACAGGAAAAAAAUGAAAAAAGUCUGGGAGCGGGCGGUGAAAUUCCUGUCCACAAACGAAUCCCGCAUCCGAACGGAGACGCAGAGGAUCAAAGGCGAGGACUUCCUGGUCUGGAGGUGGACCCAGCCUUCACUGAGCUGCGACAAGAUGUCUACCAUACCUCCCAAAGUAUGGCAGGGCAAAGCGUUCCCUCUUGACCGGAGAAACUCGCCGCCAAACAGCUUAACGCCAUGUCUGAAGAUCCGGAACAUGUUCGACCCAGUGAUGGAGGUGGGUGAGAACUGGCACCUGGCCAUCCAGGAAGCCAUUUUGGAGAAGUGUAGCGACAACGACGGCAUCGUCCAUAUCGCCGUCGACAAGAACUCGCGUGAGGGCUGCGUCUAUGUGAAGUGUCUGUCCGCCGAGCAUUCUGGGAAAGCCUUCAAAGCACUGCAUGGCUCCUGGUUUGACGGCAAGCUGGUGACGGUGAAGUACCUGCGACUGGACCGGUACCACCAGCGCUUCCCACAGGCUCUGGCCUGCAACACGCCGCUGAAGCCAUCCAGCAUGCACAUGAGCACCCUGUCUCACCUGCGGCUCCGCUCCAGUCCGGCCAGCUCACCGGGCUUCUCCUGAGAUGGCGGUGGGACACGUGGGGUUUGGGGAGGGGGCAGGGCAGACAGCACGAAGACCUCCCACAGCUACUCCGUGGUCAGCAGGGGAGGGGGCACACUUUUCUCUGUUUUUUCUUUUUUUCUAAUGACAGAUUUUGUGUACGGAUUAACGGCAAGCUGAAAAGCUUCUGCAGCCGACAUUAUCUUGACAGGACGUCCGUAAGCGGAAUCCCCGCCUUCUCUGCCCCCUCCCCCUUAAAAAGUCGGUCACAGAUCCUCCUUUUAAGUACGUUUAGUCGGCCUUUAAAUCGACUAGCUGCAUGUGCAGGUUAAAGUAUGCUUUGAGUCGUAACAUUUUAUUGUGGGUAUUUAUUUUCUACAUAUGUUUGAGGUGAUGUAAUCUCUUUUUGUAGUUUUUAGUCUGACGGCAUGCACAAAGAACCAACACAGGGUGCUGUAAAUAGGUGUAUAUGGGGGGGGGGGUGACGCAGCUUUCAGUUAUCUGUGUAAAAAGCAAAUCAUAAGCUAACUUUUUUAUAAAUAUAUAAAAUUAAGUCAUUGUAUUGACUGCAUCAGCGACAGUGGCGCCCAGCCUGUAGCGAACAUGUGUGGGUAGGUGAUGUGGUUAAUCUCGCGAGAGUGAGUUUUGGACGGGGGCAGCGUGGUAGGGUUUGGUCACAAGGCCUCAGCCUGUGUUCCAACCGUAACUUCCUCACUUCCUACGGUAAUGGGAGGGCGGGGUCAUCUCCUGAUUUCCUGCCCUCUGCUGGUGCUGCAACAAAUACCUACAGAUAGCUCAGUCACCCCUUUGAAUCGAUAUUCCCUCUAAAAAAUAAUAAAAAUUCACGUAGCUUGAUGCCAUUAGUUUGUGGGCAGAGCUGACCUGCUAACCGUGUCCAGAGUGUUUUUUAGGGCCUGCUGGAGGUGUAGAGGGCCCUUGCCGGCUGUUCAUGCUAUUUCACACUACAUUGGCCCUUGAAAAAGAAACGAUGGUGUAGGAUUGGUUCGAUUAGCUGGAGGCUGGACUCUUGUGCCGGGACAGACGUCUGCACCUACAGUAGUUUUUAAUAGUGGUGCUUGAUACUGAACCAUAUUGACAGCAGAUUGUCUGUCCGAGUUUAGACAGACAGACAUACAGUUAUAUGGUUUUUGUGCAUUCCCCUUUCUUCUCCAUGCAGAGACGGUGUGACAGAGUAUUGCCAAUUAGUUUUUUAAAUGCAGGAUGGAUUGUGUAUUCGGUGGAUAAGCUCCGGGUCGGCAGACUGCGGCUUCGUUUUUAAACUGGUCCCAGGUCAGUAUUCGCAGCACAAAGUCGUAUAUAAAACGCAGGGACGCUUGAGAUGACGGUGACCUGAUGCACACUCCUUGCCCAGAUGACCUAACUGUGCCUUAGCUUUGUGAUUUUUCUUUUUAAAUAAAAUGCUUUUUCUUUCUGCCUCUGCAUUUCUCGAGAAUGUACUUGGUUUUAUAAAGUGUAGGAAUGGGAUACACUUUUAUUCAAUUGAACAGAGCUGAUGUUAUGUAAAAAUAAUGAAAUUCAAGCCAGGAGUUUGCUGUACUUGUGUGCAUCACGGUGAUGUUUAUAUUUUUGUAUGUUUCAGCCUGACUUUGGUGCACAUAUAUUUUUUUUAUUUUAUUAUUGACCUGUUGCCAGGACAAACGUAACAUUUGGCGUUAACUCUCCCGGGGGUUGGUGCUCGAUUCAGCUGCAUCCUUGCGUUUUUUUUUCCUGAUGUAUUUUAUGUAAACACUGUACAUUUAUAAAAUUGUAAUAUGAACUAUUAUGCAGCUUAUUUUCCAUUACAGAAUACUGUUUAAGUUGACCAAUGUUCCUGCCUACAAGCCGGAAGGGAAGGUGUACAGUCUCCAGGCAUUUAAGAUCUGCAGGUGUUUUAAUGUAAUUUGUCACUUGUCUUGUAAAAAUUCGAAUUAAAGGUUUAUUAGGGGUUUCUAA